UAUUGAAGAGAGUAAUGAAAAUGCAAUGCACUACGAAAAUUCUUAUAUGAAAUUCAAAAUCAGCCGAUUAUUGCUCAGGGAUAAUGUCAGUUGCCAUGCUAACUUAACAUUCGGCUGGUAUGUGAACUGUUAAAAGGACGUUGUUGGCUAACAGUUGUCAGGACGCGGCAGUUAUGAAUGAAACAUGCAGCAAUUAAAGUGGUUGCUACUAGCAACCAUAACGUAAACAACAAUGCGAUAAAGUUGGAGUAAAAGAACAGCAACUUGUCGGCGAGUUCAGUGUACUUUACACCGCGACGAUGGAAACAAUCAACGAAGGCAACAGCAACAACAGCUACAAUUACAGUUUGGCUUGUGAGUAUUGGCAAUUAUGAAUAAAUGAUGCAGCUAAUUGGCCUUAUGCUUUCAUAUUUGCAUGCGAAUAGUGACGCCGCAACGGUCCAAUUUGGUGCUGCAAAUGCUGCUGCAGAUCAAUGGCCAUGUCUCCAUCGUGUGGGCUUGCAGCUAUCUGCUGCACAUGAUCGUCUGUGUGGAUGUGCUGUGGAACUACAAGGGAUUGGCCAUGCUGGUGGCCUUUGUGCUGGCCACGGGUGCCGAAUCGUUGCGUCUCUAUGCCGGCUACUCGAUCAAUCUCUGCACCGGCGUCACAACGAUGUGGCUCCUAUUGACACUGACGCCUUGCGUGCUGUUGCCCACGUUGCUCUAUUUGCGCCUGGUUGCUGUUUGCGCCGUCACCUGGCUGCAAAUGCUCUCGAAUCUGCAGUUUCUGUUGAUCACGCUCGAAGCUCUGGUGGCCAUCAUUCAUCAUGCUUUGUCCUCGGCCGCCGCCAGCGAAGUGGAGGGGAAGAGGAGUGGGAAGGGAAAGGAAACCGAAUUGAAAACAGAAACAGAGACAACGUUGCAGUGA